AAGCCGAGAGACUAAGCGCGACGCACGCGCACCCGGCGGAAUUAAAGCAGGGGACAGGAAACGCCCCUUCCCCAGGCGGAGUGUGGAUUGAGUUUAGGUUGAUGUGAAGAGUGGCUGAUUUUGGAGCAAAGCUAGGAAAACGCGAAUUGCGCUGGGAAGGCAGAGUCAGUUUCCGCACCCGGGACAAUUUUACCAAGCACGUUUUUGUAACGAAACAAAACAAAUCCAAAGGCUUUGGAUUGUGGGAAAGCUUUCUGUAAGAAUCUACAAAGGCUGCGAGUCGCGUUUAUUGUGUCUGCCGCUUAGAGGUGAAAGUUAAUGAGCAACUAGGUUGAUACUACAGCCCAAAGUGCCCACCGGGAGCCCCUUGCAACGCCCUCGAUUUCCCCCUGCUACUAAAGGAAUCUCUGAAAAUGUUUCACCUUCUACAGCGAUGUUGUUUUCAAGUUCCUUCCAAGAUGAUGUAUCUUCAAAGACUUCUGCAACCUGGAAGGAGUAAGGCAGUUGGCUCUCCUGUCCCUUUGGCUGUGCUGCCAAAAUCACAGCUGCUUAGGCAGGCAUCUGCCAGCAUAACCAAGGCACAGGGUUUCCAUUCUUCCUGCUGCAGCUGGAAGAAGAAACAACCUCCGGAACCUGAGCCACGACAGCUGGAUUUGUUGCGAUAUGACAUGCCCUCCCUCAAGGACUCUCCAAAGCCUGCUCUGUAUUUGGGCUUUGCAGGAUUAAUUCCCUUUGUUUCAGUGCCAUUGUUAAUGGCUAUCCAGAAGGUCUCCUACCCAGAGUUGGUGUUUGCUCAGAUUGCAUAUGGUGCAUCUAUACUAUCUUUCCUAGGAGGGAUCAGAUGGGGAUUUGCUUUGCCAGAAGGCAGUCCUGCCAGUCCUGAUUGGAUUAAUCUGGCUAACAGUGUUGUUCCUUCACUACUUGCCUGGUUUACUUUGCUUUUCAAAGAUGACCUCACUCAAGCUGGACUCAUGCUUAUAAUAGGGUUAGGCAUAGCCUUGCAUUAUGAUCUUAGUCUUCUUCCCACCUAUCCCAGAUGGUUUAAAGCCAUGAGGGCAGUCCUGACUAUAGUAGCCACAGUUUCUCUGAUUACCACACUAUGUCUUGCAAACAUGUAUCCAGAGAAACGACUAAGUCGUGAUGCAAGUGAAACAAAAGUAUUGAAAUAAACAACCAAAAAUGCAUUGGCCUGCCCAAUGAGAGGGGACCUCUCUUUAACCAUUUUCAUAAUCUGUUUUACAUGUUUUCCCCUCUGAAGACUACUGUGAGGGAAUGAGAAAAGGUUGGUUGACUUCUCUGCUUAUGAACUUAUGGCUGAAUUUAUGGACUGAAAGAAGAACAAGCUCCAUGGAAGGGUGGAUACUGAAGACCUAAGAUGAAUUUGCUAGUUACAAUUUAGUAGAGGUGUGUAAUGUUUCUGCUCUAAUGCGCAAAGAUGAGUUAGGGCAUCUUCUUCCAUGGUUAGGUGGCUCAGCCACUGCUGUGGAGCACACCUCUCUCCCUGUACAAGAAAAUUACUUCUUUGAAUGUUAUACCAGAGGUAAGACUUGUGGAGACUUCUUGAUAAUGUGGAAUGUUCUGAUACACACUGAAUAUUGAAAGAACACCACAAAUGUCCAGUUUCGCUCAGAAACUUCAAUAGCCAUUAAAUUCUUGUGGUUUUAAAUACUUCUAGGAUGCUCAGCUAGAAGAUGUACUAACUGCAUUGCGUUUUCCACAGGCUGUUCAACUGCCAUCCAUCCAUUGCUUUUUAAGCUACAAGUUGUAUGCUGCUGUUUCUCUAUAUAGGCUAAUUCUUAGUGAGUAAAAUAUUUUCCCCUUUCACA